AAUGCUAACAACAAUCAACUUACCUAUCGAUUGGCACCACUUGUACAUCGUGCAACAACACCUUAAAGAUAUGUAAUAUACUAUUAACAUCAUAUAUGUAUAUGUACGUUAUUCGAUUGAGCGCGCAAAUUUUUAAAAUCAAACUAUGUAUGAAUGAAAAUUUUCCUUAUGUCAAAGAACACUUCGACUUGUUAGACAAUUUUAAACACAAAUAACUGUCAAAAACUUCAGCGACUGAUAAGUUUAAUUUGUAUACCUAAAAGUUAACGAUAAACAUUAGUUUUAAUAAUUUGAAUUUCGCAAUAUUUUUCUUCCUUUUAUAAAAAAUAUAAUAACUUAAAAUUAACAAAAAAAAAACACAUACAUAUAUGUAAACCUACGACUAACAUUGCAUUGUAUGCGAGCAGUUCACGACUUCGCAUUGCAUUGCACAACUAUUCAUCGUACGCAUGAGCAUAUCAACGCAAUUGCAACGCUGUUUAGCAGUUAUAAAAUCACGAAACCUUCACUAGUCAAAAGUGCCCCCACCCACAAUAGUAGCAGUAGCACUACCCUAGAAAACAGCAACACAGCAGAAAAGCCUACGCACAAUUCGCGCAAAAAAUCUACAAUGUUGGAGCCACGUAGAAGCGCCUCAAUGUCUCCACAUUCUGUUUCUAGUUCACGUAACCAUUCAAUUUCACCGACCAGUCUGCGUGAAAAUAGUCCGAUUAUCACAGACGCUGAAGUAGCAGCUGAUCCUAAAUUGAAUAUGAAAUGUGCAGUCGUGUUGCAGGAAAAUGAGGAAGUUCUUAAAUACAAAAAACAAGAGAUUGCCUUCAUCAACGAUUUGUUGGAGAAGCAGAGAGAAAUGCAGCGACAACGCGCUCUGAAACGACAAGAACUUCAGAAUAUUUUAAAGAAAAAAUGUGAUGAGGGCAAACGUUUGAUGGCGGAAAUUACCGAAAUCAAAAGGCAACGAGCUGAGGCGCAAGAGAAGAGUUUACUAGCACAGCAGAAACAACAACAAUCGACUAAUAUUUCAAAUCGUAAACGUGUGCUUGUGAGGGAUAGAAAAAUAAAACUUAAAGCGAAAACAAAAACAACAACACGGUCUGCAACACCCACACGCAUGGUGGGUGGGCAAGGUGAUGCUAAGACGACUGAAAAUGAAAUAGAUAAAACCGUCGCCGAAGCAAUGCAAGCGGCGAAAGGGGACUCGUUGGAAGCAGCUAAUGCCAAAUCAUUAAUUGAUGCCGCGGCGAUAACUGAUAUAUCAGGUGAAAAAUUGGUAACUACAACACAAAUGCCAGCAGAAAUUGGAAAUGACUUAGCCGAAGUAAUACCGCAAUCGCCAAAAAAACGCGCUCAGUCACCCAGCAACGUUUCGGAAAUAGAAUCGCCCACUGCUAGUAGCAGCAUUAAAACGCAGGUUAUGGAUAUAGAGAGUAAAGCAUUACAAAGUACUGGUGACUUUGCUGCGAUUGACGUUGAGGAAGCUCCAAAAGCGAACCCCGUACCUAUGAAAAAGUCGGCUAAUAAAACAAGUUUGUCUGAAAAACCGAAAUUACCCAUAGUAAAAGGAAAGUUGACACCAGCAACGCAUACAGGGUGUGUGAGAUCAAUGACACCCGUGCGAAGUGUGGUGGAAGCGCCUGCAACUAAAACUACAGUUUCGUCUACACAAACCCUCUCGGACAUCGAACCGACUCGUCAACAUGCGCUACUGAAAUCUUCACUUUCGUUUUCUUUGCCCAAAUCCUCUAGAUCGCAUUUAUUGCGAGCACCAUCAUUAUCACCAUCCAUAUUCAUGCCCCGAAAUCGUAUUGAUGUGCGCCAGAGUAUGAGAGAUCAUUCUAGCAAUACAGAUUUCUCGUCAAGCACCAAGUCGUGGUUUCUACAUGCAUCAGCACGAACGUUUACUAAAACGCUAAAGGUGCGUCUGAAGCGUUUACAGCAUUUAAAUAUGAGAUCUUCUCCGUCAGCUGAGAAUAAUGACAAUAAUAAAUCAGAAAGGCCAGCGUCAACCAUACCUGUCUUCUCUAAUAAAAGCGUUACAAAUGCAGUACAACUGGAGGACGCCAUUAAACGCAUUGAAGAGCCAAAACUUUCGAUUUUAGAACUUUCCCCUAGUAAAACUGAACGCGUUCAAAAGUUGAAGCAACGACUGAAAUCGCAAUUGCUAGAGAUGGAUGAAAAAUACGGUGCCACUGUUACAAAGGUUAUUGAAAAUGUACUUAUAAAUGCAUCUAGGGAAGAAACGCCGAAUCCUCCUUCGUCAACGGCCGAGAUACGUGCCAAGAAGGCGGUACGUCGCAAGGCACAACGGAAACAAACACAACAUAGUAAAAAGUUAAAAUUGUCAGGCAAGGCGACUAGCGAACAUAAAGAAAAUAAUAGGCAACUCGAUAUCACGAGUAGUAAAUCCGAUGAUAAAAAGGCUAAUGAGGACGCAGGCAAGAUAGAGACAGAAAAUGGGGCGCAAUGUGAUAGCGAUAGAAUUGAAAUCGAUAAUACAACAGCUAACAAAAUGGCAGAAAAUGAACGCAAAGAUACAGAUAUCAGUGCUAAACCAUGUAUUGCGCUAAACAAAAACUCUGAGGAAGAGGAUACAAACUGUCGACAAGAAAAUUGUGCGAAGGAGCAGGAAGCUCCAGAGAAGCCAGCGAAGCAGGACCGGCAUGAACUAGUUGAUGAAGUAGCUAUAAGUAUUUGCAAAGAAACCAGUGCAGAAGUUGCAAUGGACAUUGGUGAUAAUACCAAUACAGUUGAUGAGAAGCUCAUUCACGAUGGUACCACGGCAGUUGAUGAAAAGCUCAGAAAUAAGCUGGCGCACGGUGCGAUAGUUACGCAAGUUGUGGACGUGACUCCUGGCAGGCAUGUAAAGGAUAGUCUGUUGGGUGAAAUAUUGGUAGUCAAAGCUACAUCCAAAUCAGCAGUGUCGAAUAACAUUGAGGUGUCGAAAAUCGAAAGUAAGAGAAGUAAUGCCCAAACAGCUGAUGCUGAAGAGCUGAGCGUUGAAGAGCGUUGUUCUACACCACCUUCUCCAGACUUGCCGUGCAUAAAGCCAAGCUCGACACUGCCUGAGGAUGCCAUUAAACAAGCACCUACAGGAAUAUCCAAUGAAAUGGCUGCUGCUGAUACGAGUCUUGCCAUGUUAGCAAAUACAACGGCAAAACCACAAACAACAUCCAAUAUAACCUCCAAAGAAUUGCAAAAUGAAAACAGUGAAUCUCUCAUAGCGACAGGCGUAAUAUUGUCAAAGAUAUCGUCAUGCGAUUCAAUUUCAUCUAACCUCGAAAUUGUACCCGAUCCACCGACUUCGAUUGGUUUACAAAACGAUUCGCAUUCGCGUUCGAUAAAGCCAAUUGGUGACAACACAAGUGAAAAUGCAAGGCCAACAGUAGCUGAAAAUCAUGAAAACCGCAACGAAUUCGUCCGCUUGCAAGUUAGCACAUCUUCCCUGUGUGGUGAUGAAGAAUCCAGUAGUGAUUGUUUGUUGUCGCAUUUAUCAAAACAAGUACGAAAAAUGUCCGAUUUAGAUAGUAUUGUUGAUGCAAGCACCGUGCAUGUGAUUAAGGAUGCCACAAUGACACUGAUGAGUUUCGAAGCCACGCCAACGUUGCCAACUUACUUGCUUAAUGGCGAAAGUCGCGAUGUGCCCACGCCGCCUGCCAUAUCAACACCGGCGCCGACACCUCUACCGAUUCUCACCACUGAGUUGAUAUCGGACACCGAGCAACAAAAGCAUACAGCAACACCGACAUCAGCAUUGCUCGAACCAGCUAAAAGUGAAUUGACACUAACGCCGGCGCAGGAACCUAAGGAAAACAAACCAGAUCGAUUGCAGAAGUCGGAUUUCCAAACGAGUACAACCACCAGUUUAGAAAAUGAACCCGAACAAGUGCCAGAAAAGAAUAUACCAACAGUCGCGCUACCCAUGCUGGUUGAACAGGAACUAGAGAAGCUCAGUGGAAAGCCUCUACUUGAAAAUACAAUAAAUUCAACGGCGCCGGGGAGUGCAAUAUCGACUUCCGAUCAUGAAGUAUCUUCAACACAAGAGCUCGUCUACAUACCGUCUACAAAGCGUUCCAAUUCGAAUACCCUCAACAAUUCAUUAGAUGUGGCAACACCCACACUCGUCGAAGAGACCGCGAUGGUUGUACAAAAUAGUCAAAUCGAUACGACACAUCACUUGCCAGAAAAUUCAUACUAUAUGCGCCGACGAGCACGCAAGUUUUCGGAUGAAUUCACACUACGCGAGAAUAAGGGCGACAAUACCGUCACAAAGGUGGCUCUGAAACAACGACGUAAGACCUUCUCUUCCGAAUCGAGUUUGCACGUACAAUUUGCACCGAAUACAUUAUUUACCACAAAUGAAAAUACCCUUAUAAGUAGUAGAGCUACAACUAGCGGUUCAACUAGUAGCGGCUUGAAAAGUGGUGGUGGAGGUAGUGGUGGCAGCUCCCCGUCUACCACCACUGAGCCAGUGACCAAACACACCCACCAAACACGACGCCGCAAUCAUAUACAAAAGCCACGCAAUAAGACACAAUCGCCGUCAACUGGUCGUAGUCGAGGAGGUGGCGGUGUUAGUGAAUUAAAUAGUACUUUUGUUUAUGGUUGCAGUCGGCUACAGACGUCUAAAAGUAAUAUGGCAGAUUCGGAACGUUGUGUAGUGUUACCAGCGAGCGCUGUUGUGCCACCGGUUAACUUAGGCAACAUUUCACGCGCCUAUACAAAGAAAACUUUGUCACAAAUUAAGGUGUUUGUGCCACCAGAAGGCGAAAUGUGUUUAGAGAAUGAGGGGUCCGAAAAGAGUGUAAUUAGGAAAACAUCAAAAAUCUCUGGAACUGAAGCUACUACAACAAGUAGGCGUGGUCGACCACGGGGUUCUUUAAAUAAAAAUUCGAAGAAACCAAAGCUAAGUGAAUCGGCUGAAAAAACAAAAGCGAAUAAAACUGCUGUAAAUUCAUCAAAAGGUAAGACGACAACGGCACGCACCACAAAUAAGCGUUCUAAUAAAAACGAACGUGAACAAUUGGUGAAUUCGGCGAAGCCACUACCAGCGCCUACUACUGCAAAAGCGCCAGCGCGUACGAAGAAUGCGGAUCGUGCGUCUAACCGUAGACGGAAAUAACAGAAUAAAUCAAAGAUGGUGUCGCCUUGGGAGUCUGAUAGUAGCGAAAAUUGCGCUGAUCAUGUUGUUCAACGAAGUGCCAUGUCACACUCCUGGCCAUUGCUGGCCGCUGGAAAUGAACGUCUGCAAACACUGCGCCCACGUCCAACGGAACAACUAAAGCGAAUGGUCGUGUCUGAAGAAAUAUUACAGACUGAUGAAGAGAAUGAGGAAGUCGAAAAAAAUAAAAAUCUCAAAAUUGUUCAAAUUACUGAAAAUGUGGGUACGAAGUGGCAAUUCAAAAUGCAACCGAUUGUUUUGGUACAACGCAUUAGCUGAAGAAAGUGAAAUUAAUAGGCAGUUAGUUGAAUAAUUAGUUAAGUCACGUUUGAGUUCAAGCUCGUAAUGUAGAAGUUUAUUUAGGACGUGUCUAUCUCAAAAAUGCUUUAGCGCGUACUUUCGUUUAUAUUUAUUUAGUUAUAAGUUGAAGAAUGUAAAACCUACUGCCAAAAGAAGAAUAAACAUACACACCUUAUAUAAUGCAACGGCCAUACAUAUAUAUACACUUAAAAUAAACGAGUACACAUUAAAAUUGGUAAUUAAAAGAGAGAGGAAAAUAAAGAACAGUCGAAUAUGCAAAGCUGGCUUAAUUUUCUCUGCAAACAGAUUAUAUGAAAAUUUAAUUGAUUGAUCAAAACCAAGUAAUCGUGUAUUGUUUAUGGAGAAUAAGAACUGUAGCGUUGUACAGACACAAGACAAUUCUAUUUGUGCAUGCGCAACGUAGUAGCGGAAUUUUAAAAAUUUAUAAAGAUUAUUUUAUUGAUAGUUGAAGAUUUUGAGCAAAGGUAAAAAAGAAAAAAGUCUGUAUUGCUUGAAAAUGAAUUGUGAAAUAGUAAGAAUUUUUGAUAGAAAUAAUAGCAGCACGCAUUCAUGGGCAUUUGCUAGUUAGUAGGGGCUAUUGCAAGAAUAUGUCCAGACAGGCGAAUGAAAGGCUUUAUAUUUGAAUGAGAGAUGCCAACGGGAAAAUUUAUUUUUGUUUUAGUUGGAUUGAAAACUUUUGCAAAUACGGUAAUAAUAGGUUCACAUAUUAGUAGAUUAUCUACUUUUUCGUGCUUAACUCCCAAUCCGUAAUUAAAAUUGAAUGACUACAACUGACCCUAUAUACAAUUUAUUCCUGUAAUAAACAGGGGAUGCGUACCUUUCUACUUUAUGUUUGCCUAGUAAGUGCGUAGACACUUCGAGUUGACAUUCAGCUAUGGAAGUAGUUCUUUGUUUUUAAUUAACUUAUUUUAUUUAAAAAAGAAUUAAAAAAAAUCGAAUAAAAAAUUUUAUAACUAUAAAAAAUACUUAAAAAUUAAAUAAAAGUUAAAAAAUUACAAAAAAUGGAAAUAAUUUUUUUUUUUUUUUAAUUUUAUUUGAAUUUUUUGUUUUUCACUUUUUCAAUCCUUUUUAUUUUUAUUUUUUAGUUUUUUUUUUACAAUAUAAUUUUUUUUUUAAAUUUAUUUAAUUUUUUUUUAAUUGGUACAUUUUUUUGUAUUUUUUUUUUAAUUUUAAAUUUAUAUUCGAUUUUUGUUUUAUUUUCUUAUGCAUCUUCUUCGCUUGAAUUAAAAAGUUGAGUUUAUUAUUAUUUAAAAAGUUAAAUAAAAUAAAACUUGGCAAAAUGUCGCACUGCUAUUAUUGUGAUCGCCUUUGUGCAUGCAGGUAUGCAUGUUGGAGCUCGUUAAUUCAGGGCUUACACUAUACGACACAUGGAUUGGAAGGGUUUCAUAGAGCGUGAAACUUAAGAUUUUUAUUUUUUUUUACUUAUUUUUGCUCAAAUAUUGAUUUGUGGCCGCUAAUUGAGCUUUAAUUUCGCAUUUCGGUUGUAUAACAAAUUUUUUGAAUUUACUUAUUGCCGUUACCAAUGUAUGUUUAUAAUUCUUUUAUUAUUAGUUCCUCAUAUGCUUAUCAUAUAUUUAACUGAUUGUGAGUUACGACACGACUGCUCAUUUUUUCGCUCCAAAAAUAAUUUUUGUUUUGUUAUAUUAAUUGUUUUCUGUCAACAUAUGUACACUUUCUCGUCACUAAAAACGCGUUUAUUAACACGCUAAACUAUCUAAACGCACAUCACUCGCUUACCAACUGUAUAUAAGCUUACUAUGCCCCAUAGCGCUCGAAUUCUGCUUUCAAUUAAAUUAAAUUCAAUUGUAAGGAAAUUUAAAUAAAAAAUAUAUAUAUAUUUUUUGAUAAGAGAAAAACGCAUUCAAAUGUGAAUGUUUCUCAUCAAUUGUUUCGCAGGUUUAUUUUUUAAACACGAAUUUCUUAUGUCAUAAAACUUAAGACUUAAAUUAAAAUUGAUGCAUCUCCAAUUAAUGUAAGAAAUUCAUGAAUUAUGUAGGGAAACGUAUCGAUGCGUAAAUAUCUAUGUUAAAUAUGUAUGCGUUGUGUGUACAACUUCGUUAAAUGUGGCAGCUAAAAAUUUUGAAUCUAUAUAAAGAAUAGCAGAGCAAAACUUUUGCUUGGCAAGAGAACAUAUUUACAUAUGCCCGUAUGUAUGUGUGUGAAACAAUAGCAGUAAUGACAGAAAUGUUGAUGUUAAAACUGUACUAAAAAGUAAAUGCAAUUAAAAAUAUGAACAAAAAUUAUGUAUAUGCGAGAAAAAAGUAUAUUUAUGUACGUACAUGUAUGUACACUUGAUUAGUAGUGUCGGAUUUUUGUGGUACAAAUCGAGAAUAUAUAUAAUUAAUAUAUAGCAAAAACUUUGAAUAAAAAGACUAACGACGAAUAAUACCAUUAGUUUAUAUUACAAAAUUAUGCAAAGGCAGCAGUUAAAUUAUCUAAUUUAGAUGUAUACUGUGAGCUUCAGAAAAAAAAUUAUUGAUUAAAAAAUUGUAAUAUUGUAGUAAAAUUUAAUUAAGAAAUCUAAAUAUAAGUCGUUGAGUCCCACUUGAUGAAUCUACAAUAUAAUUCCUUAAAAAACCAUAUAAAAACGGAAACCAGUUUAUUAAAAAAAAAAAAAAAUUAAAUUAAAAAAUAUUAAAUAAAAUAUAAAUAUAAUUAAUUUAGCAUGUAGUUAUAAAGAUAAUAAUAAAUACAAUAAUAAAUAUAUAAUGAUGUAUUGCGUUUAUCAUAUCGUUGUAGAUGAGCAGUUACGAUUUCAAAUAGUUUUUAAGCAACAGGCAAGCGUGCAAGUUUUAAUCUUACAAUAAAAUACAUAUACACACACAUACAUAUACAUGUAUAUUAUUUACGUAAUUACUUAUAAAAACAUAGCGUUUAGACGUAAUUUUGACUAGCUACAUAUGUAUGCAUAUAUUUUACAGAGAUUCUUAUUUUGAAAUGUUAUUUUUUUACUUCUUUUUUUUAUUGUACUAAAACAAGCCAAGCCACCUACCCCACAAAUUAUAAAUUAAGGUUUGUUCACUUGAAUUCUGUUGCAUUGUUCGAGUUGUUCUAAGAAAAUAACUAAACAAUCCAAUAUUUGUUAUUUAUUAUUAAAUUUGCUCAAUUAUAAAUACAAAUUAUGAAUAAAAAAAGACUUUAUUAUUGCUGGGACCGAAAAUGUAAUAUAAACGAAAACUAAAAUCUAAAUAACUUAAAUUAAACUAAAUAAAAAAACGAAUUGUGAAUUAAUAGUAUUACACUGUAAACAAAACGCUUGCAAUUAAUUUUCAGAUGUCAAAACAUGUUUCAUUAAUUACUGAUUUUUUGAAAUCAAAUAUUAACUUAGCAUACCACCUAAUAGAAAUGUAUCCAAAAAAAUAGCAAACAAAAAAAAAACAAGAAUUGCAGAGAUUAAACAAAUAAAAUAAAUUACAAAAAAUAUCGCCCAUUUUAAAAAAUGGGUAAAAAACAUAAAAAUAUUCGUCAUCGACCUAACAUGUAAUGAAAAGCAUCACAUAUUUUCUAGUGAGGUGACAAAAUCGUAAUAGUAAUGUAAAAACACAAAAAACAAAAAAACGCACGCAUUAAAAACAAAAGCAAAAACAAAAUAUGCCAAAUGUUUCCACGACAGUCGGGGCUAUGCCACCGAAAUGACCGUAUUCCUAUACGGCCAAAGGCUGUCACACCCGCACCAUACGCCAAUAUUUUUUGAGAAAUUUUUGGUGCUGUUACAACAACACAAUUACCAAAUGAUUUAUUUUAAAGAAGAAAAAGAGUAAUAAAAUGAUUUAUUCAAGCUGAAAGUAAACGUACACACACAAAUACUUAAAAGUGCAAGAAAAAAUAUAAUUCAUACGACAAAUAAUAAAAUGUGCAUGUUUUUUUUUUGCGAAUUAAAAAACAAACUUAAUUAUGCUUACUAUAAUUUUUUUCAUAACUCCAUACAUCAUUUGCAUUUUUAAUGCAAAUUUUAAAUUUAGUACUAUAAAAAAAAAUAAUAAUCUAUAAAUAAAGUAUCGGUCAAAGGUAGUAAUAAAGUUAUAUUUUUGUAUAUUUUUACUUUGUCAACGAUUUCCUUAAUUUUACUAUUUUUAGUAACAGAAUUGAGCUGCACAUACCCAUAUACCUUAAAUCAUGUUGCAAACGAUUUGCAACGACGUACGUAACCAAGUUCUUUUGAUUUGUAUAUUUGUAUCAAUCGAAGAAGCUGCAUUAAAAAAGCCUAAGAAUAAAAAUUUUGUUAAAUAUAAUUUUAUUAGCACCAUGAAUUCUAUGGUUAAUUGUAAACCAAUCACUUCCAUUUGCAUCAUGCAUUACUUACGUAAAUAAAAAAUUAAAAAAAUUAAAAAAAAAUUGUGUAUACUUCGAGUUUUGUUUCACAUUUAUAUUUGUAUUUUUUUCACAUUUAUCCCGCAUAAAUACCAAUGCCUUACAAAAUAUUGUAGCGUUUAUAAUAAUUAUUCAGCAAAUAUUUAGCAAACAAUAAAUAAGUGCAUUUUUAAUACAUUAUUAUUAAUAUGUAUGUAUACUUAUGGUAAUUAGUAAUGUAAAGGAAAUUAUUUUAUCAAAGAAUUGCGAAUAUUAUUCAUAUGCCAACAUUUAUUUUUUUGAAUACGUUUAGUACGCUUUAUGAGAAAGUACACAUACAUACAUACCUUAUAUACCUUAUUGUACUACAUUUUAUUUUUUUACAAACGUAAGAACUUAUUUUCGUUUAUCGUUAUUUAUUGUGAUAAUUUCUAAAUUUAAAGUGAAAUACUUGCAUUAUAAUACAAAUUACAAUUAUUGGAAAUAUAAACUAUCCAGUGAAUUUUAAACAAAUUUUAA